AUGAGUUUCCGCGAGAGACACAGAAGCCCGCCGCCUCGCCGCCGCCGCCGUCACUCGCUGGCGCUACACCUCCCGCUCCCAGCCAAGGUGAAGCAGGUGAGCAGCAGCGACAAGGCCGUCCGCCGCCCCGUGACCAUGCCGACCGUAAUGCUGCUGUCUGCGGCAGCGGUGACGGAGCCAGUGACUCACCGUGUGAAGACCAUGAUCUAUUACCAAGCGGCGGUGGGAGUGCGGGUCGUGAGCCCACCUCGAGCGAAGAGCUUGAUGAUAGUGGUGACGAAGACUUCUCCCAGACGUCAAGCGGCGACGACGAUGAUGAAGAGGGAGAGAGCGCCCAGCACCGAGAAAUCGGAGGAGGACUUAAGUACCUUUUUGUUCGACACCGACCUCAACGCCCAAGUCACGGAGAUAAUCCAGUCGGACCCGUGCAAGAACCGCUGCGUGCGUGGCAAGGCCAAGGAGUUGGAGUCUCUACUGUGCUCGCUAUCGCAGAUGUCGAAGCCGGAGAAGAAUAUCAGCCUGUAUACUCUCCUGGCUGUGCUCAUGCAAGUGCCAGUCGACCGCAAGCGAGGAAGCGGCGACCGUGAACGAUUCAACUACUAUCUUCCUUUUGUUGGGCAAGUGUGCCGCCCCAUCUUUGCUCGCUGCUACGGUGUCGUACCCAUGACUCUGCAGCGCUACAAAAGAAGAAUCCGCGAUGGCAACAUGGCCAUCAAGGACCACGGGAACAAACUCAACAAAAACGCGUCGCAAGUGGACGUGGUCUGGUUGGUGAAGUGGUUCACCAGCUUUGCGGAGGAGGUUGGCGAGGUCGUCCCUGUGCGCGUCCGUAUGCAAAAGAACUUGGAACAUGCACAGUCACGGAGUUUGCCGCAGCUGCGUUGA